AUGAGGUUACUCAUUCCGUGUUUGGAGUAUAGAGACCCUAUAUCGCUCUACGAGGUAGACAUCCUCGGUCUGGGUGUGAUGGAUCUCUUAGUCCGCUAUGUUUAUCCUGUCUUAUCGGGGUACGCUAAAGCGAAUAUAAUAUUCUAUUUGAAAGUAGGGGAAGAUGAUGAAAUCGCGAAACCACUGAAUAAACAUUCUAUCCCCUUGACCUUGGAUGAUGGUACGGAAAUUCCUAAGUCUGAUAUACAUGCUCAUGUAUGUCGUAGUAUAUUUAAAUUAAUUGAGAUUUAUGAUGGAUUUUCUGUUAUUAGAAUAGCAAUUCGAGCCCAUUUUCAAGAUAAUAUCUUGGGGCGCCCUCCCCGUUUUAAAGAGGAGUUGCUAGAGGAGGUUAUCUCUGAAUGCCUCCAGCCAGCUUCUGGCGAAAUCGAAAUUUCCAAUUUGCCUGUUAAAAGUCUUCGGUCUACUAAGCGAGAGUAUUCGAAGCAUAUAACCAUUCCUAGGAAAUCGGGUAAGAUAGCCUUAAGGCCAUUCUUGGUGGCCGAUACCGAGACUAUAUUUAUAGAUAAGACUCAUGUACCCUAUGCGAUAGGUGUCAUGAUGGUUAUUCCCGGCGAAGAGCUUAUGCUUGAUAGGAUCGAUACCUACUUCAGCGAGGAUUACUCUUCAAUAAUAUUCCCAACCUUUGAAGAAAGGAGUACCCAAAUGCUCAAAUCUUUGAUCUUUAGGAUUGAGAAUAUUACUAGACGAAAUAGCACAGUUAAAGCUGUCUAUUUCCACAACUUAGGUCGAUUCGAUGGUAGUUUCAUACUUAAGCACCUUGCAUUAUAUCAUCCUAAUUACACAGUAAAACCCCUUAUGAGAGACAAUAAACUCUAUGAGAUCGCAGUCUAUUCUAAAAAGAAGAGGCUGUUAUUUACCUUCAAAGACUCCUUACAUCUACUCCCCGGCAGACUAGAUGACCUUGCUAAGAAUCUAUGCCCAGAGUUAGGUUCUAAAGGUUCUAUUUCCUAUGAGGAUGUAAGACUUGAAACUCUUAGUACUAUGAAAUCUGGCUUGUUAGCCUAUAUGGAGCAGGAUAUUCUUCUGCUUGGUGGUAUUAUGCAAAAAUUCCAGGACUUAUAUUAUAAGGCCUACCAGGUCGACAUUGUUAAGAAGCUAACAACCGCCUCACUGGCUCUAAGUCUCUUUCGUGAGAAAUAUUACGAUGCUGAUAAUUGGCCUAUCCACAUCCCUAAUCAGAAUGAGGAUACUUUUCUUCGGCGUGGAUACUAUGGCGGGCAUACCGACGCAUACACUCCAUACGGGGAAAACCUAUACUACUAUGAUGUGAACUCUCUCUAUCCUUUUAUUAUGAAGGAAUUCCCAAUGCCUGGGGGUAUACCGGUCUGGCAUUCUAAUUUAGAAUCCAUGGAAUUAGAUAGCAUGUUUGGGUUCAUUGAAGCUUAUGUUGAAUGCCCUAAGAGUAUAAAGAAACCCUUUCUUCCCUAUCGGAAUAAAAAGGAUGGCACUCUUAUCUUUCCAACUGGCACUUUUGUUGGGGUUUACUAUAGUGAGGAGCUCAAGUAUGCAAGAGACAUAGGCUAUACUAUAAUACCAAUUAGUGGAUACCUCUUCGAUAAGAUGGAAAGCCCAUUCAAGGGCUACGUUAACAGUCUCUUUGAAAGCAGAUCCAAUGCUAAAAAGAUGGGAAAUGACGCCCUUUCUUAUGUAUAUAAAUUACUAAUGAACUCAUUAUAUGGUAGAUUUGGCAUAAAUCCUCAAAGCACAAGAACCGAGAUGUGCGAUAAAUCUAGACGUGACAGUCUGUUUAGACGCACAGAGUUUAUAGGCGAAGUCUUUAUUAGAGAGGAUCUCUACAUGGUAUCUUAUCUUACCAAUCCGGGUAAGGGUCCUUCUUAUUGGGAGCCCCCGAAGAACUCCGCGGUCCAACUAGCCGCUGCGAUCACUGCCAGCGCUAGGAUCUAUAUGUACAAGUAUACAUCAAGAGAAGACUGCUACUAUACAGACACAGACUCUGUUGUCCUUGGUAAUCCACUUCCAGAGGAUGAUGUUUCUUCUUCUGAAUUAGGUAAGUUUAAGUUAGAAGAUAAACUCGUAAGGGCAUACUUUUUAGCACCUAAAUGCUAUUGCUAUGCCACAGAAGAGUCUGAAGGCAAGACGAAGGUCUUAAAGUUCAAGGGAGCGGGUAAAAGUGUUAUAACUCCUGAAUGGUUUGAAGAGCAGUACGCCGACCCAUCCCGAUCUCUGACGGAGAAGGUGACUUCUCAUUUUCGACCCGAUUGGAAAGAACUUGAGGUCAUAAAGAAAGAGAGUACUAUCAGUCUUAGAACUGUCAGUUCUACCAAGAGGAAGUCCUCAUUUGAUGAAAAUGGAAAAUGGGUAGGUACAGAUCCACUUGAUAUCAAUGACUUGUCAUGUCUAAAUUACAUCGGAACAAAACUCUUUUUUAAUUUAAAAAGGAAAAAUGCUCUUUUAGAGAACGAGAAUAGUGCUCUCUCUCAGAAAUUAGUUCAGCUGGAGCUGGAAAGAGGUAUAAUAGUCCCGCGGGAAGUAGAAUCACGAAAGAAACCCCAACCAUUAGAAGAUAAGAAUACAUUAGAGGAUAAUGAUACAUUAGAGGAUAAGAAUCCUAAAAGGGGUGAAGAGGAAAGAGGUGAAGAGAAUGUCAAUUCUGUGAAACGUCGAAGAUGGACUAUCUUUUUUGAUAAGAGUUCUUAA